GUGGACUUUUUGGUUAACCAAGUUUUGCUCAAUAACCAUUUGCGAUUCCAUGCAGCUGGUAGUGAGCCAUACGUAUCAUUCGAGGUCGAGAUAUACUGCUCGGGGCUGCUAAAGCAUCAGUGCAUGAAGUGGGGUUCAAACCCGUGGCCCACUGGUUAGAAGUUGAUGUAUAACUCCACGGUAUAUGCAGACUGCGUUAAAAAUGGAGUUUUCACCAACCGAAUGCUUAUCAUCGCUAAUCGUAUAUUCCACUGUUCAUCAAAAUACAAAAAACAGUAAUUUCUUCAUCUUCAUACAGAUAUCAAGAGCAUGAAAAUUGGACCAAUGCUCAUCCUAACACAAGUACUAACUUGGAUAUUUGCAUCAUUCGGAUAUUUUCUCCUUGCACACGAUGUUUUUGAGAACACAUCUCAUGAAUUACAAAAAGUGGACACAGGUAUACCUAAUUAUUUAACACCCUCACUGCAAUUAUCAGAUGUCAAUUCAACAUCUAUAAAUGAGUCUGUUACAAAUCAUUCUACUCAGGCAAAAUGGCAACAUCUAUGUCCAUACAUGCAGUAUAAAUGUAGCGAGCUACCUGGUUAUUGUCUCACUUGUAACUUCAAUACAUCAUGUAUAUAUGGCAUGGUGACUAACGUUACCUGUUUCCCCCGUCAUGGAGUUUACUGUAAAGAUCCAGACAUUGAAAACAAAAGCAACCAUGUUCUAACAACUGAUUCCCCACAGUCUUCCUAUUACCCCAAGGACUAUACAGACUGUCUUAUUCAGAAGUCAAUUAUCUGUCGUUAUUGUCAUCAGUUGGAUGAUUCUGAAAUUGUUUGUAUUGGCCGUACUAAUUGUCGCCAACCGAAUGUAGCUCGAAGUUUUUAUGAAACAAGGUGUGAACCGCUUCCACAUGUUUUAUGUUUAGGAAGAAGGGUAUUCAGGCGUAUGGUACCAUGUGAUUGGUCUUCUGGUAAAAGCUAUGCAUUAACUGUUAUCUUAAGUUUAUUUUUUGGAGGUUUAGGCGUUGAUCGAUUUUAUCUAGGUAUGUGGAUUGAAGGACUAGGCAAAUUGUUCAGUUUUGGUGGUCUUGGUUUAUGGAGUAUUGUUGACUUUAUUUUAAUAGUGUCUGGUUAUAUAAAACCACCUGGAGAUGCUGUAUAUUGGUGAUUAGUAACCAGAUAUAUUAUAAUGGAUUGUUCUGUGGACUUGUUUUUGCUUGUUAAGUGUAAGGUAACAACUAGUUUACACUUUAUUUCUUUCCUCUUACAAUUGUACUGUAACUACUACUCUUCUUUUCCUGUCAUGAUGAUUAAUUUUUGAUUUUUGUACAUAAAAUGAAUAUUCAGAUUUUUUGUUUAGAUUUCCAGUUUAACAUAAUUUAAAUUCUUUGUUGUCGUUAUUUUUAACUGUCGUUAUCAUCAUUUUUAAAAUGCUAUUGCUUUGACUUUUGUUAUAGUAUACUUAUACUCAUUUUAGUUACUAAGAAAAUUAGCGUAUAUUUAGAACAUAAAACUGUAUUUCUGAUGUAUCUUGUUGAACUAAAUAAAACAAGCAGUCAAUUAAAUAGCAUUGUGUGCAGUGGAUUUUUGUUUAUCAUUGUGGUAAUAUGAAGCUAAGUAUGAGUUUCCAGUUCUUUCUUUGUAUA